AUGAAGGAGCGUUCGCUUACGCUCACGCGCUUGGUCUUGGUUCUCGCGCUUAGGGUUAAAACGUUCCCGAUUCGGGAACGGAAAGCUGUUAGAAAAUACUAUUGUCGUGAACUAUUUUCUGACUCCGGCGCAACGCCUGGCCAGCGCAUUCUCGCAACGGCGGGCCUCCUCGGCCCCAACCCCCUGAUGGGGCCUUCCGCCAAACCUCUUAUUCCUUCUUUCUCUUUCCCCCCUCUCCCCUCGCCCCUCCCACACGCUCAGGGCGCAACACCCGGCCAGCGCAUUCUCGCAACGGCGGGCCUCCUCGGCCCCAUGGGAGUCUCCCCCGUUCCCCCCGGCGCAGCUCCUGGCGCGGGGGGAGCCCCCGGCGCGCCUGCUUCCGCGCAGCAGCAGCAGCCCGCGGACGUGCAGGCGCAGGUGGCGCUGCUGGCGGGCCAAUUAGACGACGCCACGUUGCUGCGCCUGCUGCAGCAGCGCGCGGCGCAGGGCUCGUUGCUAACCAGCGUGGCGGCGGGAUUCGGUCUCACGGGCGCAGCAGGCGGAGCUCCCCCCGGCGGAGCUCCCGCGGGGGGCAUUGGCGGAGGCCCGGGGGGGCCUGGCGGAGGCGCUCCCGCGGGGGCGCCAGGCGCGCAAGGAGUGGCUCCCGCAGGCCCGCGGGGGCCUGCGCCUGGGGGUCCUGGGGGAGUUCCCCCCGGCCAAGGGGGACAGAUGCUUGGUCCGCAAGGGGGGGUGGCGCAGGCGGGCGGGGGAGGGGGAGUGGGGCCCGGAAUGGGUCUGAAGGUGCCUCAGUUCCGACAGCAGCCACAUGCGCAGGACACCCCGCCAGCCCCAGCAUUCAACGGGCUCGUAUCAAAUCCGCCGCCCAUGCAAGCCCAGCAGCACCCCAACUCCGUGCCAUCCCAACGUGCUGCCCCCCUGCAGUCCCAGCCACCGCCCCCUAUGUCUCACCACGCGCCUUCCCCUCAUCCGCAGCAGCACCAGCAGCCGCAGCAGCAUCAGCAGCCCCCCCUGCAAUCCUCCUCCUCUUUCCACCAGGGUAUGUCACAGCCGCCCAGCUCUCUCCCCCAGCCGCACACUCAGAUGCAGACAAAUCCUGCCGGUGGCGCCGGGGCCCCCUCUCUCAUGCCGUCCCAGUCGAGCGCUGGCGCGGGGGGAGUGGGGGGAGGCGCGCAGGGGAGCGGGGGAGCGGGCGGGAGUGCAGGGGGAGGGGGAGGCGGAGGCGGGGGAGGGGGUGGAGGGGGGAAACCGAGGGCAAGGGCGAGACGAGGGCAAGCGACGGACCCUCACAGUAUUGCAGAGAGACUGCGCCGAGAGCGCAUAGCAGAGCGCAUGCGCGCCCUGCAGGACCUGGUGCCAAACUCGAAUCGCGUGGACAAGGCAUCGAUGCUGGAUGACAUCAUUGAUUAUGUCAAGUUCCUGCAGCUGCAGGUCAAGGUGCUCAAUCUGAACCGCCUGGCCGGCCCUGCAGCUGACGCCGUGGUCACUCUGCUUGAACACCUGAACCCCGAGGAAAUUGACGACGGCCUUUCGUCGUUUUCUCAGCAGGAGCUUACACUCAUGGAGCGCCAGGUGGCGUUGCUGAUGGAGCAGGAUAUGGGGGCAGCGAUGCAGUACCUGCAGAGCAAGGGGCUUUGCCUCAUGCCGCUGGGGCUGGCUAAUAUGAUGUCUAAGGGGAAAGGGGAAGCAAGAGCAGCAGCAGCAGCAGCAGCAGGAGGAGGAGAGGGGGCGUUGGGAUCACCAUGUGUGAAAAUGGAAGAGGUGGAGGAGUGUGGGCCUGAGCGGGCUGCGGGUGGGGGGACUGCAGCAGGAGGAAUGGGGGCGGCAGCAGCAGGUGGGGCGGACGCUUUCGGGGGUACUGGGGUGGUAGCAACAGCAGCUAGUGGUGGUGGUGGAGGAGAGAAUGAGACUGACCAGAAGACGAGUCCGGUGAAGGGUGGACCAGCAGCAACAGGAGGGCUUAAUGGUGGUGCUAUGGAGGUUUCUGGGCAGAGCAGUGCAGUGGCAGCAGCAGCUGGUGGUGGUGCAAGGGGUGUGCCCGCUGUUACUGUAGAUGCUGGCAUAUCUGCUAUGGAGGGAAUCACUACAGCGUCGUGA